UAUCAGAUGAAACAGGAGGAGCGCCUAAUCCCUUCGUUCACCGCCGGGGGGGAUGUUGCGGACAGCGUGACUGGACCAUACGGUGUCGGAGCCGAGCGGACGUUUUCACAGGUUGAUGAUCCGUGUUUGAGCACCGAGCAGGGAGACCAGCAAAAAGUACAUAGCCUACAUGGUUUCGGUGUCUAUAGGCUGCUCCUAGACACAUGGGCUUACAUUUUUAAGGAGCAAUAGGCGGUGCCUGCUGUUUCCUGGAAGAGAGAAAACCCCCCACAGACCUCCGAGCAGAAUGGUACAUUUAACAGGUUUAUUGGCCGAAGUUGACGCUCAGACUCGGGCUAGGAGCAGCGUGUAGGAGGCUUGCCUGCUCAAUAAGGGACCGUCUGUCUUGCACAUUUUGACAGAUAGCCAAUCAAAUCUGUUAUUCAAAUUGGUUCUCUUAUAUCAGUGACCUAUAUCUCAUGCAUGAGCGCCAAGAGUCCACAGUAACCUCUCCACCGGACCAGACAGCAUGGGGAUCAACGGGUUAGACAAUCAGGCGCAGCCGUCCAGCGGAGACUCCCGGACGGAGCAGCCAGCUGCGGAUCCUCAGAAGGAGCAGAGGGAUGCUCCCGGAGGAGAAGCGGACCGGAGCAAGGAUGACCAGGCGGCCGGCAGCGAGUGUAAGAUCGCGCAGGAGGACAGCGCCGUGCAGAUGAUCGAGGCCGGGUGCAAGCCUCCCCUCUCCCCGGGUUCUGAAUCCGAGGCGGGGGUCCAGGUGGAGGCGCACGGCCACGGAGCGGGAUUCGUCCCGCCCGAAGGAGGUUACGGCUGGCUGGUGGUGUUUGCGGCCACCUGGUGCAAUGGGUCUAUCUUCGGGAUCCAAAACUCUUUCGGCAUCCUGCAUAUGAUGCUGGUGAAGGAGCACGCAAACCCGGACGACAAGACGUCUCAGUUCAAAGUGGCCUGGGUCGGAGCCCUGGCCAUGGGCAUGAUCUUUUUCUGUUCACCUGUGGUCAGCAUGUUCACAGACCGCUUCGGCUGUAGGAAGACAGCUGUCGGCGGCGCAGCGCUGGCUUUUAUAGGGCUGCUCAGUACAUCCUUUGCAAACUCCCUGAGCCUUCGCUAUUUCACAUAUGGCAUACUGUUCGGCUGUGGCUCCUCCUUCGCCUUCCAGCCCUCGUUGGUCAUUCUCGGCCACUACUUCCGCCAGCGCCUGGGCCUGGCCAACGGUGUGGUGACAGCCGGUGCCAGCCUCUUCUCCAUGGGCCUCCCAGUUUUCCUCAACAAGGUGGUGGAACCUCUGGGCCUCAGCAGGACCUUCCAGAUCCUCAGCCUCUUCAUGCUGGUCCAGGCCCUGCUGGCGCUGAUGUUCAAACCUUUACUGCCUGCUGGAGGAGGAAUGGGACCCCCAGGCAUGGGUCCUGGCCCUGCCAAUCCCCAAACACAGUCAGGGGCCACGGCUCAAGCGGGGAGCAGGUGGAGCAGGGUCCUUGGUGGGGUCAGGAAGUACUUCAACCUGCGUGUUUUUCACAUUGUGACAUAUCGAGUGUGGGCGUUUGGAGUUGCCACAGCUGUACUGGGCUACUUUGUGCCAUAUGUUCAUCUGAUCAACUUUGUGAAGGAGCAGUUCAAGGACACCCAGAAGGAAUGGGUGCUCCUCGUCUGCAUAGGAGCUUCAUCCGGAGUGGGACGCCUCGCUUUCGGCAAAAUUGGCGACCUCAUUCCUGGUCUUCAAAAGAUCUACAUGCAGGUGGUGUCCUUCAUGGCUCUGGGCCUGAUGUCUAUGAUGAUUCCUCAGUGCUCUGUGUUUGAGGGGCUGGUGGUCGUGUGUGUGUUCCUGGGGCUGUGCGACGGCUGCUUCCUCACCAUGAUGGCUCCCAUAGCAUUCGAGCUGGUCGGGCCCAUGCAAGCUUCGCAGGCCAUAGGCUACCUUUUAGGCCUUAUGGCUCUUCCCAUGACAGCCGGUCCACCCAUCGCUGGUCUCCUACAUGAUUACUUUGGGAACUACACGGUGGCCUUCUCCCUGGCUGGGGUUCCUCCUAUGGUGGGGGGCGUGGUGCUGUUCUUUGUGCCCCUGAUACACCGCAGGCUCCAGCGAGGCCAGGCAGCGUCACCUGAAGAGACGUCCACAACUGCCCACAUGCUGCCCACCGCCCAACCAGCGGGGGAGUCCAAGAGCUGCUCCAAUGGAGACAUCCUGCCUGGCUACACUGAUGUAGAAACACACAUCUGAGUCGCUACGUACAAAGGGAUUCAGCCCACCAGCACAUUUUUCUCAUCCUUAGAUCGCCCUCCUCCCAACCAGAGCUCCCAACCAUGGACUUCCUGUUGGCUGACCUUUAACCCUCUCACCCUCCUGGACUCUCAAUGUCUGUUUGUUAUUUUCACGUGGAGAGAAAUCGAAAAGGGCGCUCUGGCUUAGAAGCCACGAAGAGGACGAAAAAGAAGGCACAUCAGCGUGGGAUGAUGGACACGUUUAAGGAGGAUAAGCACAACACAGUCUCAGCUCGGAUUGUCUGAUCCGCGGGGACUCUGUAGUAACACAUACCUCCAAGAGGAAAGAAAUAAGAGAUUUUAACUGACAGCGGUAGUUUCUGAUUUCACAGGUUUUAUCUUGCUACCAUAGCUUUUUGAAGCUGUGAAAAACACUAUGCUUUGUUUUUAGAUUCUAUAUAAACACGUUGUUAAAGAUAAGAGCUAUAUAAAGUAAGAAUUAAUGAAGGGAUAAAUUCACGCUAUCUUUAUGUAGUACCUCAUAUAUCUAAUUUUUUUUAACACAAUGCAUUUUUAUUUAGUUUGUGUAGCGGAAACACAAUCUCCUCUUGAGUGAUUUGCAGGUUUGCAUUUCUAUCCUGCUGUUUCCUGCUGUGACAAGAGAAACAUCUUCUGAGAGAUCAGCCACAAGACACAAUCACCUCAACUCAACCGUGCACUGUAACACACUGUACUCACACCCAGGGUCCAAAAACUUCAACAACUUAAACUUCUCUACAGGCCUGCCUGCACGGGAGCCAGAUGUGUGAUUGAUGUGUGAUUGUGGCAGCUGCUGAUUCGUAUGAGAUGAACCGUAGGGUGUUACAUUUUUGUCACGGUUUUUAAUAUAGGUCAGUGACUUUCCAGUUUGUGGCAGGUUAACGUAUGCAGUCGAAGUCGGUAGGGGUGAGUUGUGAAAGUGGGGCAUCCGCUACCUGAAUUAAUGAAACGUUACACUUCAGUUGAUACAAAGUCUUCUUAUGAGUCUCUACAGCCUUAACUAUCAGCAUUUGUCUUUUCCAAUCAUCAACAGUUUUUAUUGGCCUUUUUAAAGUUUUAGCAGGGUGCUAGACAAAUCCACAUAAACUGUGUUUGUUACAGCUUUAAAUAUAUAAUCCAGAAUAGUUUUCUUGUAGUGUGCACACUGUAUACUCGUUCAGUUGGAAAGCGCUGGAAUCAUGCAGGCCUAACGGGAGAUUGAAAGCUGUUGGUAGCACAGUUUUUUGCCAACUUAAGAAAAAGGCAUUUUGUAUUAUUUUAUUCCACACUUUUCCUCUGCGCAUUGACUGCACCUACAUUUUUGAUGGUAGAGCAGUUACAUAAUAUGAAACUACUAUGUUACAAUCUAUCGACGAGAGGGGACUACUGAGAUUAAAGCUGCCAAAUGGCCUAAACCCUGGUGAGGCCAUUUUACAGAUAAUUCAAUCAAUUUGCUGCUUCGGUUUAGCUUUGUGUUACGAGGGCAUCACUCACUGUGUGUAGUAAUUUAACAAAACAUCACAGCCUUGUUGAAAGGACAGUUUGCAGUUAUUAUGUUUCAUAAACAUUUGGACCACUUACCUCUGCAAUCUUAGAUUACAGGUUCUCUUGAACAAUGAACUUUAAUGAACAGAUGUGAAGUAGAGCUGCAAUAAUUGACUGUUCGAGUUACACUCUGUGGUUAUAUGCAUAACUGAAUAGCAGAGAGGGGAAUUGGUACACAGCAAGGAAGGAAAUGCUCUGGUGUUCAGGUGGUAUUCCUUUCUGUCCAUCCCCCUUUUUGCUUUCACUGCCAUUAUUCAGUCAGUUUCUGUGUUACACUUACACUUUAGAGCCUAAAAGCUACACAAACCUCACUGCUGAGUGUAGUUUUUGGGGGGUAAUGCUAUAGGACAACAUACACCUAUACCUCAGUAAUCAAACAAUCCUCAGCAAUCUAGUGGAACCUGUUGACAUUCUUCAUUACUUUAUCGUUCUGUGUAUUGGUUUGUUUCAAUCUGAACCGUUCUCAGAGCCACAAAUCUGCCAAACGCCUGUUUUCAAUCAACCUCACUUUCUCUGAAACCUUGUUAGUGUCUGUUUAGGCACCACAGAACUGUGGAAAGGUCAAACUUCCAUUCCUCGUAAUCCAACAGUUGGUGCAAAAUCAGUUUAGAGAUUUGAUCCUUCCUUAUUUUGCCUUCAUAUCCGUAUGCUUCUUUGUUUUUGAUCCUCACUGUUCCUGGACUCUCUUAACGCUUACACUACACAUUAUCAUUAUCUUCAUUACAGCCUAAUUUAUUUGUCUGUGAUUGAGGAAAUGCAGUCAUAUAAAUGUUUAAUGUCCUUAACUAAAGAUAAAACUUAACUAAAGAGGCACUUAAUUAUAAGCAGUGUAGUUUUAUACAGUAAUUAAAGCUUCAAAACAAAAAACAUAGGCCUCUAGUUUGACUGGGGUAGUGUUACAUUUUGGGCUGCAUGAGUUGUCCACAGAUCAGCCAUGUGAGCUAACUAAAUAGCUAAGUUUGCAUUAAAUUUUAAGAUUCAUCAGCCUCCAAACAAAACUAACCACCUGAACAUGGAGCUACUGCACAGUGAUCUGAGCAGAAACUCUGAGCCCAGUUCACUCUUAAAAAUAAGGAAACCUCUUCCUCAUUGCUCAAAGUGACCCAUUUUACAGUAUUUUGUUUCUUAAGUGUUAAUGCCCUCCUGCUAAAUAAAUACUGGUUAACUGUGAAAUGUAUUUAAUUUAUUAAUUGUUUUGUGUUAUGAAGGUUGCAGGAGAUGCUUUCUAUAAAACCGCAGAACUGCAUGUAAAAUCAGAAACAUAUAUUCCUAAGAGCUGAUUUUCAGUUAUUUGCACAGCGAUGUAAAGAUGAUAUUUUUACAGAGA